AUGGACGGAGACGGGUUCGAGGAGGCGGAGCUAGAUGCACUGGAACACGUCGUACGCGAUACAAGUGCAGAACCAAUGAAGCUGUCGUUGCCGCUUGUGAAGCACAUAACAAAUGAUUUCUCCGGUGAAUCUUUAAUUGGUGAGGGUGGAUUUUCAAAGGUUUACCUGGGGGUGCUUCCAAGUGGGUCACGUAUUGCUGUCAAGAGGAUUUUGAGUAGCCAUACAAUGGACGAACGUCCAUUUCGACGUGAAAUUGAUACCACAAGGAAGGCUGCUCACAAAAACAUAGUGCGACUCAUCGGCUACUGUAGUCACACAGAAGAAACACCUAUCAAAUGCGAAGGACAAAGAGGAUAUAUUUACGCAGAGAUGAGAGAGAGGUUGAUCUGUAUAGAGUAUGUGCCCAAUGGAACCCUCGACACACAUAUCACUGAUGAAUCGGCAAUGGAUGUACGGUAA